AUGCAAAAUAUGAUACCAAGGCGUAAUAAGCUUGGCGAGUGGAGGAACGCCCCAGAUCUCUCUAUCAAAGUCAGGGGGCUCCAUGAGUCUGAAAGUACUUGGAACUUGUUAAGGAAUUUCAAAGCAGCUGGGCGUAUCGUAUGCAUUGAUAUUUUCGAGGGAAGGGAUGGCCAGCGUGAGGGGACCGCAAAAAUUAAAUUCUCUCCGCCGCCCAAAUCGGAGUUCUGGGGUUCACAACUCCAUCCAUGCAGAUACCAGAUGCAAGCAGCAGAUGGCUCUGUUCACUACAAUGUCUUCGUGGCGCUCUGGGAGGAUCGAAGUCCUCGCACCCACCGCGUCCAUAGCCCGAUUAGACCUCAUAUCUCUUACGAGCCAAAGAUGGCUCUGCGGCCGUCCUCUCUGCACAUCGGUAUCAUGGUGGAUCGGGAAUCCAUGAUGCCUCUUCAGAGCAUCGAGCCGUCCACACCUGCAGACCUAAAGUUUACAGUGGACCUCGUUCGCAAGAAAAUCACAGCAGAGUUCAAAGUCAGCUUCGAAGAUCCAAGAUCUCAAGGAGUUGCUAGCUUUGUUAGUGAUUCUGCGGUAAACGAAUUCAAGAGAGCGAACAAUUACAUGUUCGAAAUACCUUUUGACCAGUUGAAGACUAUCAGCCAAAUCAACUUCAACAAUCGCUGCUUUGGGCUUCAGAUGUCGCUUGAGUCCCCACCCCAAUAUCACCGAAAGCGAGAAGACGAGGAAUCAUGCCAUUCUGCUGAGACUCUCAGAUGGACGGACUGGGACACGUGGUACAGACAAACAGAUAUCGUCUAUGAUCCUUACCGUCUUCAGAAUGCCGUCAUUGCUCUGCAUAAAGAGAGACCCGUCAUCGACAUAGGUCGCUGGACUACAUAUCUUUUCGUCUUUCAAACAGCCCAGAACCCAACUGCUAGGAUCAAUGAGAUGAAACAGGCACUACAGGACUACAACAUUGAAGUCGUUACUCGUGGUCAAAUCAAUAGGCUAGAAGCGUAUCCUGCUGAGUUAUGGUCUGUUAUUGAUCCACCGAAGUCUGAACACGGUGCGGCUGAUAUGCGGAAUCUGGAUGCAAACGGAAGUACAAUAUUCCUUCCAUUUGAAGUCCGCUACCAAUUAGAAGUUUGCAUAUCUCGCGAUAUUCUCAAUGAAUACAAUAUCUCCAGGGAAUUCAUCACGAAGCUAGCUGAAAUAACCUCGACGGAUCCGAUAAAGGCUCGCAACAUCCUCGAGUAUAUUGCCGAGCAAGACAAGCGGAUCUAUGACCCAAUGUCAAUCUUUGAGGACCAUGAAACACUCGCAUUCUCUCCAAAAACCGAGAUUCCCCACUACUGUGCCUAUGCACGCAAAGCUACAAUCACCCCAAGCACCAUUUAUUUCAGUUCGCCGACUGUUGAGACUACGAAUAGGGUCUUAAGACGCUAUGCUAGAGAAAACCAAGAAGGCCGUUUCUUGCGAGUACAAUUUACAGAUGAGUUGCUCGAGGGUCGAAUCAACUCUUCUGCUGAUAAGCAAAGAAAUGAUGAAAUUUAUACCCGCGUCUACAGGACUCUUUUCAACGGCAUCCGAAUUGGUGAUCGUCACUAUGAGUUCCUGGCGUUUGGUAACUCCCAAUUCCGCGAAAACGGUGCUUACUUCUAUUGUCCCACCAACCAUUUAUCUUGCGACGAUAUUCGCAACUGGAUGGGCAAUUUCUCCCACAUUAAAGUUAUAGCCAAAUAUGCGGCGCGACUGGGACAAUGCUUUUCAACAACAAGAGCUAUCAAUGGGCUAUCGACACCCGAUAUCAUCACGAUUCCUGACAUAGAGAACAAUGCAGGUUGCUUUACUGACGGCGUGGGCAAAAUAUCUCCGUUCCUUGCACAGAUGAUUGCUGCAGAGCUCGGCGUGCGCUCAAAUACCGCACCAUCAGCCUUCCAGUUUCGCCUUGGCGGAUGCAAAGGCAUCUUGGUUGUCUCUCCCGAUGCGAAAGAUAGGGAGGUUCACAUUCGAAAGAGCCAGCAAAAGUUCACCGCCACUUAUAAUGGUCUGGAGAUUAUCAGAUGUUCUCGAUUUUCUCUGGCAACUUUAAAUAGACAAACUAUCGCCAUUCUGUCUUCUUUGGGGGUCCCUGAUCAAGUCUUCUUGGGAAUGAUGACGGAGCAGCUUGCAAACUAUCAACAGGCUAUGAGCGACGAUGAUCUGGCCGUCAGCCUCUUGCUGCGGUAUAUCGACGACAACCAGAUGACGAUCAACAUCGCCACAAUGAUCCGGAACGGCUUCAUGACUGAGCGAGACCCUUUCGUACUGUCUUUGCUCCACUUAUGGAGAUCAUGGUCUAUCAAGCUCCUCAAGGAAAAGGCAAAGAUUAUCGUAGAGAAUGGUGCGUUUGUUCUAGGGUGUGUUGAUGAGACAGGCACAUUGAGAGGCUAUAGCAAGCCAACCGUCGCUUAUGGCGAAAACUUCCCAAGGGAGGAGUUACCGCAGAUCUUCAUCCAGGUCCCGGACAAAGCAGAUCCAACCCGCCAUAAAGUGAUCGAGGGCAUUUGUCUUGUUGGCAGAAAUCCCUCGCUACAUCCAGGAGAUCUUAGGGUCGUCGAGGCCGUCAACGUCCCCGCUCUGUACCAUUUACGUGAUGUGGUGGUUUUUCCUUCCAAAGGCGAACGGGAUGUCCCAAGCAUGUGCUCUGGUGGCGAUCUUGACGGAGAUGACUAUUUUGUCAUCUGGGAUGAGCAUUUGAGACCCCCUGAGUGGAACUGCGAGCCAAUGGACUACAAAGGGCCCCCUCCACGAGAGUCAAGUCGCCCUGUUGAAGUGACGGACCUUAUGAAGUUCUUCGUACGAUUCAUGAAGAACGAUGCGCUACCCACGAUUGCACAUGCACAUCUUGCACAAGCCGACUUUCUUGGACAGAGAGUUAAAGACCCGAAAUGUCUCGAGUUAGCUGCGUUACACUCGAAGGCGGUUGAUUACGUGAAGACUGGUCUAGCAGCGGAAAUGCCAAAGCGACUGAUACCACGCAAGUGGCCCCAUUUCAUGGAGAAAAAGUACAAACCAAGAGAAGCCAUUUACAAAUCGGGGAAGAUCCUCGGUAAACUCUACGACAAGGUUGAGAGUGUUGACUUUUCCCCUCAGUAUGAGGAACCUUUCGAUAGACGCAUCCUCUCCGCAUAUAAAUUUGACAAUGCUCUCUUAAAGACUGCUCGUCAAAUAAAAUCACAAUACGACACUGCUAUGCGUCGAAUCAUGGCUCAACAGGAGAUCCAGACUGAAUUCGAAGUCUGGACAACAUUCGUACUUUCAAGACCACGUGUUGGCAGUGACUACAAAGUACAAGAAGAGAUGGCACGAAUCUCCGAAACUCUCAAGGAGCAGUUUCGAGCCGUCUGCAUUGAGAAGGCAGGUGGCAAGGACUUCUCGAUUCUUGGUCCCUUCGUAGCUGGGAUGUAUAAGGUCACAAAAGAGGAGCUCGACAUUGCUCUUGCUGAGUGUAAAACAACUAAACUUGUUGGCAACAGAGAAGUCCCUAAGCGGAAGAUGGAACCCAAGUACAUGCCAUUGAUCACAUUCCCUUGGCUGUUUGAGAAAGAACUCGGCAGAAUCGCAACUGGUAUAGAAGCAGCCGAUGAUCUGGAAGAUCUUGGCCUACAGCAUCUGGUCUUCAACGGCGACCAUUCUCGCAAACGAAAUGCCGGCGUUACGAACAAUGAGGACUUCAUUCGACAGGAGAAUGGAGUUAUCGUUCACCGGGGCGAAGAGCUUGAUUUGUUCCGCCCGGAGACCGACUUUGAAGAUCUGUCUGGGGAGAGCGAUUUCGAGGAAACCGGAGAUCUCCAAGAUGGCGCAAGAUACAGAAUGGGCGAGUCUGGGGAGAUUGUCCUAGCCUCUGCUUUCCCUGGAUCCAUCGCAGGAUCGGUCUCUGGUGCCGGUGUUGAGGAUGUGGUCCCAAGAACACAAUUAGAUGGCUUUAUCGAUCCCAAAGAGAACAAGUUAGGCGAGAUUGAAACAACCAAUGCGCUUGGUGACUUUUGGCCACAAAGUCCGGUCACUGAAGAAGUAAUUGAAGUCAAGGUCGGGGAAUCGGCUUUUGAGAAGGUCACGCGAAUAAUCGGUCGCUGA